GAAGCAUUCAAUGUACGUCAGUUUGAUACAGAUCUCGAAGCAAAUACUGCAGAGUUACUAGAAAUUAAUGAACAUAAUGUAAUAAAGUUACUACUUGUAGAUAAUUUAGUUGACAGUGUAAUAAAAACGAAGGAAAAUGAUGAAGUAAAUGCAGGAGAAAAAGUUGUGGUAAAUGAUAAUAGAAGUUCGGUAACAGUUAUUAUAGUAGAUAUAAAUAGAAUUAUUCUCAAAGAAAUGGUAAAUAUGGUGGAUAAGCAAGAGAUUGGAGAGAAAGAAUCCAAAAGUAAUUUUAAAGUUUCAGGAUGGGGCUACAGACACCAGCAGUGUUUUAUACUAUUUUGCACUUUAACAGUAGCUUACAGUAUGAGAGCCUGUAUGGGUGUGUCUCUAGUAGCUAUGACCAAAUAUGGGAAAACUGCAGCCAAUGUAAGUGCUGCGUUGAAUCCAGAAGAAGAUGAGAACCAGUUCAAACCAGAAGGGAUUCUGAAUGCCUUGAUGUUGAUACCGCCUUACCCGACAUUCAACUGGGACAAAAAGACACAAGAUGCGGUGAUAGCCUCGUUCUUCUGGGGCUACAUGCUGCUGCAGAUCCCUGGUGGUCAGCUGGCGCACAGGUUCGGAGCCAGGUACCUGCUGACUGGAGCCAUGAUGAUCAACUGCGUGGUCUCCAUACUGCUGCCGCUGGCUGCUUAUUAUGGUGGUUGGAUAUCUACAGCAGUAUGUAGAGUACUACAGGGUCUGAGUCAAGCCUGUAUAGUACCAGGAAUUCAUACAUCUCUAGGAAAAUGGGCACCUCUUCAGGAAAGGGGGAGAAUUGCUGCAUUUGUUUAUGGAGGCCAAGCGUUAGGUACAGUUUUUGGACUCCCAAUGACAGGUUUUAUAUCUUCAUCUAGUCUCGGCUGGCCUGGCAUAUUCAGGUUCUAUGGAAUACUCUCAGGAAUUAUUGGAGUCCUCCUGUUCUGGCUAGCCGCUGAUACGCCAGCCCAACAUAAGAAAAUAUCUGCAGCUGAAAGAAAAUAUAUUGAAGAUGAAUUGGGAACUGGAGAUGAAGCCAAAAAAAUGGCAGUGCCUUGGACGAAAAUUCUAAGUCACAAAGGAGUGUACGCCAUCAUCAUUGCCCACUUUGGAACGACGUGGGGCCAGCUAGUUCUUUACUCAGAGGUUCCAGCUUAUUUGGAUAAAAUCAUGGGAGUUAACAUAAAAGCGAAUGGUUUGCUAACAGCUCUCCCGUUCUUAGUGAUGUGGUUCACCAAUUUCUUCUUCAGCUGGAUGACAGAUAUGCUCAUUGUCAAGAACAUUCUUAGCCCUACCAAUACAAGGAAGUUUGCUAAUUCUUUAGGUAAUGUACCAGCAGCUCUAGGAUUAAUAGCACUGGCGUAUGCACCAAAAGACAUGUUAAUUGUGGAAUCUAUAUUAGUUUUCACAUGUGCUUUCAAAAUAUCUGCCCAUUUAGGAUUCCAGAUUAACCACAUCGAUAUAUCUCCCAACUUCGCCGGCACUAUGAUGAGUCUCAGCAACUUUACUUCUAACAUCGGAGCGUCCAUCGCUCCUCUCAUUAUUGGAUUCAUACUAACUGAUGUUAAUGACGUAUACCUGUGGCGGCAGGUGUUCUUCGUGGCGGCCGGGAUAUACCUCGUGACUAAUCUCAUCUACGUGAUCUUUGCUACUGCUGAGAAGGCGGAGUGGAACGAACCGAAGGACACGCAAGUGAAUGACGAGGAAGGACAACCAAUGAUGGAGAAGCCCAAGUUGGAAGAGGCUUAGUUACAUGUGUAUUUAAUAGUAUAAAUGAAGAUGGUGCUACAGAGAAUGUAUAAUUGUCGCUUUUUGUCAUUAUAAUGAUUGAGACUAA